AUGCCUUCUGCCACAACCCAGCUCCCUUCCGCAUCUCUUGCAAACCAGGCAGACAAGCUUGAAGAGCUCGCUGUCAAGUUGACAUCCGCGGCGAAGACCAUGCGCGCGGGUAAUGAACCUUCCCAGAAGGAGCACGACACACUUGUCUCUACGAUCCGCAAUGUCGGCAAUGCGGUACACACACCAUUAGAUGACGUAUAUGACACCAGCAUGGCGUGGUGUAAGGCUGCUGCCAUCCGCCUCCUGGUAAACUGGAAGGUCUUCGAAAACAUACCCGAAUCAGGAUUUAUCCGCUAUCAAGAUCUCGCCGAGAAGGUUGGCGGAGAUGCGGUUCUCAUCAAACAUUCGACUCACAUCUUGAAUUAG